CCCUGCCGCCGCCACCGCGCUCCCCAGGUCUGCAGCGGCGGCAGCGGCGGGGAGGGGGAGGGGAGGGGGAGGCGGCCCCGCGGGCGCCCACCCCCACCUCCUCCCGCCCAUCCCCAUGGCGACCGCCCAGGCUGGCCGGCUCGGGCUUCCAGUCCCUGGGAAAGGAGGCGGGGAGGAGGAGAAGCGAUAGCGGCGGCGGCAGCAUCCCAGCCCGUCCCCGCAGCCUCGCUGGCUGAUGCAGGACUGGGGGAGCCGCGGUCGCGCUCGGGAGCCGGGCUUCUCAUCCUCCGUCUUCUGCCUCCCCCUCCCCCUCCCCCGCCCUUUCCUUUUCUCCCCCUCCCCCUCCCCUGUGCCACACGGUACAGCGCGGCGGCGGCGUCCCCGUGGCCGCCUGGGUCCAGCUGCCCCGGGCCCCUCGGCCCCCUCGGCCCCCUCGGCCCGGCCCGGCAAUCUGUUGCUAACUCCACCUGCAAGCUCACAUUGAUCGCCUUCCGCAAUGGGAAACUCUUCGCCGGCGGCAGCGGCGGCCCGGGCUCCGGCCCCGCGGCUGCCGGGAGGCGGAGGUCGGCGGCCACUCGGGUGGUCUUUGCGCGCCUAGAGGGCUGCAGCCUGCGGCCCUGGGCGGGCGCCGGGGCUGACCCCCGAGGCGGCCGCUGGGGAUUUUGACCUUCCCUCGGGACAUGGAGGCCGGCGAGGAGACCGGUGCAGCGUAGCGGGCUCGGCGGGAGACCUCCUGACCCUCCGGUGCCCGCACUGGGGCCACUUCGCGGUGCUCAUGGAUCUGAAGACGGUCCUGUCGCUGCCCGAGGCCCCGGGGGACUUCCUGCACCCCGUGGUGUACGCGUGCACCGCCGUGAUGCUGCUCUGCGUCUUCGCCUCCAUCCUCACCUACGUGGUGCACCACAGCACCAUCCGCAUCAGCCGCAAGGGGUGGCACGCGCUGCUCAACCUCUCCUUCCACACGGCGCUCACCUUCGCCGCCUUCGCCGGGGGCAUCAAUCGCACCCAGUACCCGACCGUCUGCCAGGCCGUCGGCAUCAUGCUCCACUAUUCGACGCUGUCCACCCUGCUCUGGAUCGGUGUGACCGCGAGAAACAUCUACAAGCAGGUGACCAAGAAGGCGCCCCAGGGCCCGGGGGGCGAGCAGCCUCCGUACCCCAAGCAGCCACUGCUCAGGUUCUACCUCAUCAGUGGGGGCGUCCCUCUGAUCAUCUGCGGGAUCACGGCUGCCACCAACAUCCAGAACUACGGGCCGGACAGCGCAGGGGGCCCCUACUGCUGGAUGGCCUGGGAGGCCAGCCUGGGGGCCUUCUACGGGCCCGGGGCCUUCAUCGUGCUGGUCACCUGCGCCUACUUUCUCUGCACCUACGUCCAGCUGAGGCGCCACCCGGAGCGCAAGUACGAGCUCAAGGAGCGGCGGGAGGAGCAGCAGCGGCUGGCGGCGCCCGAGGCGGGCCCCGGGCCCCUGGGGGAGGCCUCUCUCCUGGAGAACGAGCACUCCUUCAAGGCCCAGCUGCGGGCCGCCGCCUUCACGCUCUUCCUCUUCCUGGCCACGUGGACCUUCGGCGCCCUGGCCGUGUCCCAGGGCCCCUUCCUGGACAUGAUCUUCAGCUGCCUCUACGGGGCCUUCUGCGUGACACUGGGGCUCUUCGUGCUCAUCCACCACUGCGCCAAGCGCGACGACGUGUGGCACUGCUGGUGGUCCUGCUGCCCUUCGCGGAGGAGCGCCGACGCGCGGCCCAAGGCGAGUGCCAACGGGGACGCCCACGUCCACACGACCUGCCUCCGGGACUCCCCGUGUCCGAGCAAGGCCGGCAGCUUUGCUCACUGCAAGCUGACCAACCUGCACGUGGCCCAGAACCACGCCAACUGCCUGUCGCCGGUCACGCCAUGCUGCGCCAAGAUGCACUGUGAGCAGCUCGUGGACGACGAGGCCCACGUCCACGUGCACCGCGAGGGGCCCUUCGGGCCCGGCGCGCACCUGCACAGGUGCCUGAAGGGCAGAGCCAAGGCCCGCUACUUUGGCCGGCACCAGGCGGCCACAGCCGAGAGGGAGUACGCCUACCACAUCCCGUCCAGCCUGGACGGCGGCAGCCUGCACAGCUCGCACACGGACAGUCCCCACAGUGCCCAUGAGGGCCGGGCCUGCUGCGGCCAGGGCGACCCCUACCCCACCCUCAGCCAGCCCGAGAGCAGCGACGCCAGCACGGUCCUCUGCAGCUGCGCCCAGAUGGCCGAGGGGGAGGCCCGCUUCGAGAUGCACCCGCGGACACAAGUGCUGCCGUGUAGCACAGCCGGCCACGACGGGCUGCCCACGGGCACCCUGGAGGAAGCCAUCGUGUACGCCUCCGACGGUACGGGAAACAUCAAAACGGGUCCGUGGAGGAACGAGACCACCGUGUGACCGGGGGCCGGGCGGGGGGAUCCCCAGGAGCGCCCCUUCCGGUUCUGCGCGGCGCCGGGGCUCCCGUGUUCUGGACAAGGAGAGAACAAGCGGGAGAAGUCUCCGUAGCAUCCCAUGGCCAGCCGUGGAGCUGCUGCACAGGGCUUCCUUGAGAAGAUGGCGGCAUGAGUGUCAGACCUCCAAGAGUCUGGGAAGAGUUGGCUGGCAGGAGGGGGGAUUCCCAGAGGCCCCUCUGGACUCCUUUCGCACUGUCUCACUCUCUCCCCUGCUCCUCAGCCUCGAGUCUGCAAGCAUCAAUGCGGGCUGAGGCAGUCGGAUCCAAAGAGAUGGACAUCCUAAAUAGGGCGCUGGCACGAUGGAGCAACAUGGCCUCUGUGGCCUCUAGGGCUAAGGCCACUGGGAGGCGGGGGCCCCUCCCUGGCAGUCUCUGGUGGCCUCUCCUCCCAGGGAGGGGAGAAGUAGCCCGUGAAGUCUACAUGCCCAUAGGGCUCGCUUGGCCACUAACUGCGUGGCCCCUGAUGAGGGGCUCUAGUCACUGUUUUCUGGUGCUUGAGAUGUCUUUCGCCACCUGACAGUGACCAGCGGGGCCCAUCCAUCAAGAGCCUCGGGAGUCCACGGAGUCUGGCCUGCGCUCCUCAUCCCGGGGACACUCACCUUUGUGCGGCUUCAGAACAGCUCAAUGAGGAGCCGCUCGAGUGUGUGCUGAGCACACACCCCCUCUGUCUGUGGCCCCGUGCUGUGGAUUGUCCAGUAGAUACUUUGGAGCCAAGCCUGCCCUGGUCCAUGCAGCACAGGUUUUAUCCCUCACUCAUCAAGGAGCGGCUGAUCGCAUGCUGGGAGCGGUGUAGACCCGCUCAGUUCCAUUCCAGCUUGCCAAGAACUAGGGCAAAUGCGGCAAGGAAUCGGGCGAGUCAAACUCGCUCCUCUGCCAGAGUCCCAGAGCUCCUCUCACCCCGGCUUCACUGCCCCGGGGAUCCCCUCCCAAAGAUGGGGGCAUUUGGGGAUGGGGGGGUGCAGUCUGUUCUUCCACAGCCCCCUCCCCAUCCGGACACAGAGCCUCGGCCUCCCAGAGGAUGCACUGGGCAUUCUGGAGAGAGCACAGGGUGAGAGUAGGGCCUUCCCUGGGUCAAAGGGAGCAGCUGGCCGUGCACACACACACACACACACACACACACACACGUGCAGCCAAAGCUGACCCUGGGUUGGAGGUUUCACCAGUGCUGCAGGCCUUUGCUCCACUUUGCAGCCUGCCUCUGGUCUGUCCCACAGACGUGCCGGCGGGUUCCCCCGUGGUCCGAGCACAGAUCUUCUCGCUGUGUCCGUGAAGGGAGUCUGACAAGGUGGGCUCGGCAGCCCGUUCCGAGGUGGCGUGUGCUUCUGCGUUGUGCCCGCAGCCGGGGGAGCCCCUCCUCUGCAGAGCCAGAUGCCCACCUCCGCGAGGGCGUCCCAUGACCCCCAGCCGUCCCCCAGCCUUCUGUGUCGUUGGCCUGUCACGAGGCUUCGUGUAGUCUCUCUCCACCCCCCCCCCCCCCCGAGUGUUUCUCCGGCCUCCCAGCACAGGGCCGGCCCGAAUGGCAGAGCCUAGGAAGAACAUGGGACACGGAGCCGCCCCAGAAGGGCUCCUCGUCCCGGCCUCUCCCUUCUAUGCAAAGCCUGGCCUCGCGGCCUCCCCACCCGCCCCGGUGCUGGCUCGGUCCGUCCCCAGAAAGAGAAGAGCCCCCCGCCCCUGCCCCGACCGUCCAUAGCAAACUGUCUCGUCUUCAAAUAGGGUUUAGCCUAGAGGAGGCCCCGUUCUGUUUGCAUAUUCUAUUUUCAGAGAAUAAAAGUCCACAAUGUACGCAAGCAGAGUCCUAGGACUUGAUGGCCAGUAGCGUGCUGAGGCUGCGGGCGGGGGGCGCGCAGGGGCUGCCAUGGGUGCUCGCGGCACACCGGGGCCGGACACGAGCUCUGAGAGGGUUUACCCCGAGGCUUCUGGCAGGGGCACGGAGAAGCCCUGAACGGCGGCGGCGACGACGUGCCCUCCCACGCUGGGACUUUCUCAGGCUGCUGGAAUGGCAGGCACUUUGCGCCCACGUGGCCUGUCCUUGCCUAUAGAAACCCGAGGUCGACUGGACUCGGAGUAGGGGGAGCCUCAGCUCCGAGGAGCCUGUAGCAGGUGCCGGGCAGCCGAAGGGAACCAGAGGAGCAGCGUCCCGGCCCAGGAAGCCCCUGUCAACGAGGGAUGCCAAUUGCACAAGAUGGCUGAGCAGAAACGUCUCAGGAAGGGGCCAGGCUGGGGGCGAGGAAUCGGCUCCUCGUUUGGCCGGAUUCCCAAGGAGGAGGCCUGAGCUGAGCCUCCGAGGAAUGAGAGAAGACCAGGAGGCAGAGGGGAGGACGGGGAGCAUCUUGGGAAAGAAGGGAACCGCGUGAAAAGCAAUAGCGCUGAGGAGACCUGGGCCAGAGGAUCCGAGAGGCCGUGGAAAGGGUCGAGGAGACCAGGGAGGCGGGCAGGGGCAAACAAGAAGAUGCCAGGCGUGCUCCAGGUGUCAGGAUGGCACGGGUCACCCCGGAUGGCUUAAUGAAGGAUGGGCUGCACUGAUGAGAGACUCUUGUUGGGCAGCCCGAGGAGAAGGCGACGAUGGGCUGCACCGGUGUGGAGCAGAUAAGAGGCUGUAGAGGAGCUCCGUUCUGGACAGCCAGCUGCCAGCACUUGUACCCAAAUCAGACGUGGCAGUUGGGCUCAGAGAGUGAGGAGUCAAGGAGGAGACCCAGGUUAGGAGCCUGAGGGUUGGGAGCAGUGAUGGUGAACCUUGUAGAUGAGUGCCCAAACGGCAACCCUCUCACGCCUUCCCCAGCCAGCAGAGGGAGCGAGCAUGCCCAUCGGGCUGCUGGGCAGAGGGCCAGGUGAAGGCAGAAAUGUCCUCAGGCACUCGUGGAGAGGGGGAGGGGGAGGGGAGCAGCGCCCUCCGGCACACGGGCUCCAGGGUUGCCACCACGGGUCUAGGACAAUGGUGGAGGCCUCCUCCUGAUAAGAGAGUUGGAAGGAGAGGAGGGUUGGGGCAAAGAUGCCGAGUUUACUUUGGGGGGACAUCCAAGGCACAAGGUCUGGAAGGCUGUGGGACCAGGGGAGGGGUUCUGGCUGGGGAAGCCAACUGGAAAUGAGGAGCAUAGACGUGACAAUGGAAUCCUGGGAGCCGAUGUGGUGGGCAAGUGAAAGGAGAGAGGAGAGGCCGCUUCCCAGCUGGGACACCCCCCCCCUCGGGGGCAGGGGGAAAGCAGUCCCACAGGGAAGAGGACGAGCAGGAGAGCGAUGAGAGCGCACAGCAGGAGAAGGCGUGAGCGGAGGGUACCGACGGCUUCAGAAGGGCGCCGCACCGCGAGGAUGAGCCGUUGGGUCUGCAGUUCACAGACCCUGGGUGAGCCGGAGGACGGCAGGGUGGGUGGGUGAGGCCAGAAGGGACACGGGGUUGGAGCGAGCGGCUUUGCCAGGACCCCGGAAGGAUGCAGACUCAGCCAGCCAGAGGCAGGAACGGGUCGGAAGGGGGCGCUGCGUGCUGCCGAGGAGGAGGAGAGGAGAGCCUAAGAGCGAGCUCUGGGCAGAUGGAAGCGAGCCCAGAUCUGGAGAAGGGGUGCCGUCCCUGCUCCGAUCCCAGGAUGCACGGCACCAGCUGGCAGAGCAGUCCUGGGCCUCGAUGGACUGCCCCGGCGCAGGCAGGAGGCCCUCUGCCUGCGCCGUCCUGCCCGGGCACCUCGGGACGUCCCUUCCCAAGCGGCCUCCUCCUGCAGAGCCAUCUGGCUGCCAUUUCCUCCCGCGGCCCGUCCUGGAGGAGGCUGCGCCUGGGCUCGGUGCCGCGCCAGAUCGUCUGGGCCGUGUCAUCCCAUCGAAGGCCCCUGAAGAGCAGAACGAGUGUUCCCAGAACCCUCCAGGCAGCCAGCAGAGGCGGACCAUCACCCGUGUCAGGCAGGCUAGCAGGGAGCUGGGCUGGCUUGUCUCCUCGCUAUGGGCUCUGCUCAGCCUGGCCCCCACCUGGGAAAUGUCGCGUCUGGUUGGGGGGUGACCCGGCAGCAGAUGUCAGGAGGAAGGGGCUGCGCUCUGGGCUCGUGGCAAGGCCACGGGCUGUGCCACCAAAGGCAGAAGCCCUGACGUGCCGGCUUGGAAGGGGCCUCAGAGGCGACCCGGACAGCCGGCACGUGGCCGCCCGUCCCACUGUAGAUGGGCCCGUGGUCCGGCAGCACUUCCUGCUAGUUGUCCUUCAUUCGCCUCUUCCAGCAUCUCUCCAGGACGGCUGGUCCUCCCCCCUGCGGCCUAGCAGGACGAGGCUCCGGUCGCUCCCCCUGCUCUGCCCUAAACGUGGUCCUGGGCCUCGAGCACAUCGGCAGCCCCUGGCGAACACCGUCCGGCCUGUCAGCAAGCGGAGCCCCCGGAGGGCCCGGCACGCUCCCGAUGCGGCUGAGCAGAGCAGAGGGAAGCAGCAUCCGCUGCCAUCUGUGCCUGGGGAGGCUCCCUGUCUGGGCCUCCGUCUGGCGGCCCAUUUCAGUCUGGGUGAUGCCAUCCUCCAUCGGCUCAGUGGAACUCCGUGGCUCUGAGUCUCACUGGGGGGUUCUGCGCUGUUUUGGGGGGCUGUUAUAACCGUCCUCCUCAGACAGGGGCGCACGGGCCGCUUCCCUCCUCCCCGGAGCCUGUAGCCCGUUCUGUGCCCCGUUCGGUGACGUGAAUCAUCCCGAGGGAGUUCUGUGGCUCGUUUUCUGUGGUUCCGUUGCCAGAAUCUCGUACGAUUGGCGCGUGGCCCGACUCCUGCCUGGGCGCGGCGCCCUCGGCCUAGACCUCGCGCUGUGGCCUCCCUUCGCUGUCUUGGGGGCUGAAAAGACGCUGUUUUCUUGGCAGAUUUCUCCUACUUUUUGUCCUUCUGUUGAACUCCUCCUCUUGGUUCCUCCCCUACGUGUUCUUGGGGAGUCACGAGCCUUGCUCACAUGUCUCAAAACUCCUUUUCCUUCCAUUA